ACUGUAGCUAGAACUACUAAUUGCGUUGCACCUGUACGAACGAAGCGCGCCAUCGUGGGCAUAUAAUUUUAAUCUUGCUUUUCGGGACGACUCCUUUUUUCGCCACGGUUCCUCCCGCUUUCUUCCGUCCGCGAUUUGUUUUCACGUGUAACGAUAUCGUUCGUUGGUUUCGAGACCGAGGAAACCGGAAGUUGUUCACAUGAGCCGAGGAUCCAUUUCCAGUUGGCAGGAUUAUGGACGCAGAAAUUCUCAAAUUAUGCCACAAUUUAGUGGCGCUCCCGUGGAAUUUAUGACUAGCGAUGACAUCGAGUGUAAAAGAGGCGAUGGUUGGUUUUUAUCGUACACAAAGAUAGCGGGGAUCGUCGUAGUUUUUAUUAUCGGUGUCGUUGCCGCAGGAUUUCUUGGAUGGUACAUCAAUUCGUUACCCAAGAAAAAACCUUUCACGACUCUAGAUUUGCUCAACGAUGAAAUCGAGGAUACUGAGGGCGUCGGUGAAAAUGCGGUUUCACCUUUCAUUCAUCCCUUGAAAUAUCGUCUCGAAUUAACACCGAUUAUCGAUAUUAACGGUCCAUCAAGGGUAAUGGGCCGGAUGGUUAUCGAUUUUCUCGUAAACGAUACAGCGGGUUUAAAUAAAUUCUCUCUAAAUGCGAAGAACAUUACGGUGACGAGAUAUAAAUUAUCAUCGUUGGAUUUAGGAAAAAAGACGACGAGAAAAAGACGAAGAAGAAGACCCAAUGAUGUUGUUAAUGACAACGCGAUGUCUGGUAGUAGUGUAUAUUCCAUAGAAAAUGACGUCUUGGUAAGCUUGACGGAAAACGAAACGAUUCUGUACGAGAAAAAUAUUGAGCAUCUAUCGAAAAACGUGUCCUCCAUUGAAAAAACCAAGCUUUCCUCGUUAAAUUACGCCUCUGUUUCCAAUAUCGAUAAAAUUAAAAAUUCGAACGUGGAUGAUAAACAAUAUGAAUCCAUGAUGACAUCUGAUGACUCUUUCAAAAGUGUCUCAUCGAAUGAAAUACAGAUUGCAGAAUACAAUAUAGACGAGGAUAAAGAAGUUCACACAAUUCAAUUAAAAACUCGGAUAUAUCAAGGAGUUUAUUCAUUUGAGAUCGAAUACGAGGCGUUAAUCGACGAAAAUGUAUUCUUCAUCGCAAAUUAUAGCACAUCUGGCGAAGAGAGUCCACGUUUUCACAGCAGAUGGUUAAUGGGGACGAAAUUGAAACACUCCGGUGCUCGAUGUCUUUUCCCAGUUUUCGACGAUACCGUGCACAAGUCAGUUUUCUCGGUAUCCAUAACACGUUCCAAAGAAAUGAUAGUCCUCUCAAAUAUGCCCCUCAGGACUUUAAGGGAUGUGACAAAUACUUUAAUGGCAGUUAAUAUUUUUGACGAUUCUCCGCCUAUGUCUCCGCAUAAUUUGGCCUUUAUAAUGGGUCAUAUCGAGACUAUAAACGCGACGUUUGUAGGAGACACUGAAGUCUUGGCAACGUUCUGGUGUGAUUCGAACAGAAGCUCACAAGAGACUUAUUUAAUCGACAAACUGAACACAGUUGUCGUUAACUUAAUCGACGUAUUUUCGACGUCUUAUCCCUUGCCUAAGAUAGAUAUAGUAAGCCUUCCUCCAGGGAUUGACGAGAAUAUCGGAAGUUUGGGAUUAAUUGCACUGAAGCAGUCGAUAUUCUAUACGACCGAUGAAUCGCCACUAGUCACGAAGAACAACGCUCUGAAGAUUCUAGUCACCUUAAUGGGGCAGCAAUGGCUCGACGAAUUUAUGAAUGCGAAUCGAACGGAUGCUUGGAUCUUCGAAAGUUUUCUCAUAUACAUCCAGCACGAGAUCGUUCCAAAGAUAGAUUCGUCAUUGGGCUUGAGCAAUUCUUUCAUCGUGGAUGUCGAGUUUCAAGUGAUGGACACCGACGGGUACAGCAUCUCGAGGCCUCUUCACGAGAACAUCAAUUAUCAUCUGUUGCAGAAUUUUAACGACGAACACGCGAAAGGUGCAUGCCUGAUACGCAUGUUGCAUGGCGCGAUAAACGAUACCGACUUUAGGAACAACUACAAGAAACUGAUAAACAGGUGGAAAUAUAACAGCACGGAUGUAGCCGAUUUCGUGAAUAUUCUAGCGGAAGAUGCGAUUAAAUUUCCAUUUGAAGUCUCGUUGGAAGAAACAAUAAAUUCUUGGAUCUUUCAAGGUGGAUAUCCACUCGUAACUGUUAUAAGAAAUUACGAAGAAGAAUCCGCCAUCAUUUAUCAGGAACAAUUUGCAAUCGAUCGACCAUCAGAAAGUGUUUCCAAAUUCUGGAAUAUUCCAUUGAAUUACGUUAAUGAAGACGGGGAUUGGUCGAAUCCAAUAAAAAUAUGUUUUCCAUCUGAGCCUAAAAUCGAUUUGCAUGAUAUUGGUUCCAACGAGUCUUGGAUUCUUUUUAACAUAAAUAAGACUGGAUAUUAUCGUGUUCAUUACGACGAAAGAAAUUGGAUGCUGUUAAAAAUGGCUUUUUCGAAAAAUCACGAAUCGUUCCCACCGGAAACAAGAGCCUCGAUCAUAGACGAUAUUUUUAAUCUAGCUGCGAUAGGUUUAAUAAAAUACGAGACCACCUUCGAUUUUAUUAAAUAUAUGCAAAUGAAAGAGAGGCAUUAUUUACCAUGGAACGCGCUUAUGAGACACUUGUUCAAAUUAAAUAGGCUUUUAUAUGAAACUUCGAUCUUCAAUGAUUUCCAGGAAUUUGUAGUGAGAUUCGUGUCUCCGUUGUACAAUGAAGUAGGAUCAAUGUUGCAGCAAGGCUCGCAUUUGACAAUGAUUGCUAUAAAAUUAGCAUGCACGUUCGAGCAUACGAAAUGUUUAGAUUGGUCGAGAAACAUUUUCGAAAAUGCCAAGUCCAAUAACGAGAUCCAAGAAAUAAUCCCUUCUUACAUUCGCGAAACGUUUUAUUGUACUAUCGCUCGUUACGGCACAAAAAAGGAAUGGAACUAUUUCACGGAAAAAUUAUUUUCCACAGUCGAUGAGGAGGAAAAGAAACGUUUGUUAUCGUCGUUCUCUUGUUUCCAAGCUUCUUGGAUUUUACAAUCUAUUUUCAACGAAAUACUUCAUGCGGAACGAUUCAAAGAGGACGAAAUAUCAGUAAUUUUAAAGGCAUUUCCACAAAAUCCUGCCGCGGCUCAAGUUGCAUCUCGAUUCGUUCGAGCAAAUUGGCAGGAAAUUGCGCAGAGGUUUUCAGGAUCUUAUACGAUUCUAAAAUAUUUCGUACUAUCUAUGGUUAAUGGAUUAACUACCGAACAGGAUUUGGAGGACCUUCAAAUAUUCAGAGAGAACCAUUACGACAGUAUGAAGGGAACGAGAUACGCUGCUGCGCUUGUCGAAGCAAAUGGAAAUUUUGUAAGAAUAUGGUUCAAGAAUUCUUUACCUCAAAUUGAAAAUAUAUUAAAAGAAGAAAUGCAAAAAAAUUCCAGUUUAAUUGUAUGAACAGUACUGCGUAAAAUACGAAAAUAAAUAUUUCCAAGAAUUUUAUUUCGUAAA